GAGUGGCCAAAGACAUCUUUAAUUUUUAAAAAGUUGAGAAACGUCCAAUGUUCUGUAACAUAACUUCAAUAUUAACCAAUUCUAAUGAUUUUUUUUUUCAUGAUUCAACUUGAACAUUUUUCAAUGAAAUCAUCAGAAAGAGUUAAAAUUAUAUAAUAAAAAUUGACCUUUUAUUCUCCUUAUGAAAAUUAAAAAUGUCGGUCUUUGAUAUGAUGAUUAUGUUAUGAAUGGGAAUACAAGGAAGUUCUUCUUCUAUACCACCAAAUCAGUAUUAAACAUUGGAAGAGUGAAGACUUCUCUCUAGACGCUCCACAUGCAGAUAAGUAAUAUAAGAAACACUGAGUUCGUUUACUAUGAUGAUCGGCGAACGCUUCGGAAUACAGUCAUGAAAUUUGAACACAGAAUAUAUUUCUACAUGACUGAUCUCAUAAGAACUUAUGUAAUGCAAUUCAAGCAUAAACUUGUAGUCGAUUAAGUAUAUUUGAAAGUAAUUCAGAUUAUACAUAUGAGAGAGGGAGUAUCUAUUCACAUAUUACUAAAAGGUUAUGUUGACAUGUCACUAAAAUAUUUGAUGAAUUUGAGGAAAUUUAACUUAAGCUCUAAAUAUAUUAUAUCAGACUUGACAAAUUCAACUUUCUCAAGAAGAACAUGAACUGUAACUGUUCCUUGUCGUCACAGAACGACAAACAGCUGACUUGAAAGGCGUUUUAACCUGAGGAUGGUGUUAACACAAAUGGUAAACACAUACACCACAAUGUUAUUGAGCCCAUGAUUCAUAAAUGUGUUUAUUUAUAUAUUCUUCCAUCAUUGUUACCAUGAGCAACUUUUUGUAAUUUAUAUAACAAUAAAAUGUAUGUUCUUGGCUUUU